AUGAAUUUCUAUAUCGCUAACAUUUCUGGCCUUACUAGGGCCACUGCUCUCACCCUCGUCGCUGACGGUGGUACUGACGGCUAUGGCGAGGACAAGACCGCCAAGGAGAUCUUUUGGUAUGGUGCGCAUAAUGCCAAGUACGGCGGCAUCCAUCUUUGGGUUAAGGAAUUUCCACCUGAUGAUCCGCGCUGCCUCAAAACAUUGCCUCGCUGA